ACUUGUUGUCCAAAUAAAUCAACAUCACUCGGAUCAUUUUCAACAGGAUAAAUCAGACACGAUUGUCUCAGCGAUGCCGUCCAUCUUUGGACCCAGCAGCCCUGCAGCUGCUCUCGCAGAAGCUUUGGACAACUCUGGCCGUCUGAUUGACAAACAUCUGCAGGAUGAUCGCUGCUUUCCUGAUCUGUCCGAGCUGCUCAGCGUCCCUUCACACAACAUGCCGUCCCUCUCUGGAGUGUCAGAUAUGGAUUACCCUCUCCAAGGACCCGGGUUGCUCAGUGUACCAAACCUCCCAGAACUCAGUGCAGUCCGAAGAGUCCCUCUGCCACCUGAGCUGGUGGAGCAGUUUGGCCAUAUGCAGUUUAACUGCAUGAUGGGAGUUUUUCCUGAGAUUUCUCGAGCGUGGCUAACGAUUGACAAUGAUAUCUUCAUGUGGAAUUAUGAAGAUGGAGGUGAUGUAGCCUACUUUGAUGGCCUAAUUGAAACUAUUCUAGCUGUGGGUCUUGUUAAACCAAAACAAGGGAUUUUACAGCCGCAUAUUCACUACCUCUUGGUGUUAGCCACUUCUGUGGAUGUUGUGAUCCUUGGACUCAGCUUCCCAAAGGGCCAUGAUGGACUAAAUGACAGCAUGGCUGGUGGCAUGCAGCUGCUGCCAGACCCUCUGUUCUCAAUCCCCACAGACAACACCUACAUCCUGUCCAUCACCUCCACAGACCUGGGACGCAUCUUCAUGGCAGGAAAGGAUGGCUGCCUCUAUGAGAUAGCUUACCAGGCAGAGGCAGGGUGGCUCAGUCAGCGCUGUAGAAAAAUCAAUCACUCUAAAAGCUCCUUGUCCUUCCUCAUCCCCUCUGUGCUCCAGUUCUCUUUUUCUGAAGAUGAUCCCAUUGUGCAAAUUGCAAUAGAUAAUACUCGAAACACACUUUUUACACGCUCUGAGAAAGAUGUCCUACAGGUGUAUGACCUGGGUGCUGAUGGUCAAGGUAUGAGUCGUGUGGCAACAAUGUCCCAGAGCUCCAUAGUUGCAGCUGCAGGAAACAUUACCCGGACAAUCGAUCGUUCUGUCUUCAGACCCAUUGUCCAGAUCUCAGUCAUUGACAGAUCAGAGUCCUCAGAUUGCCAUCUGCUCGCUGUCACUCAUGCUGGCGUGCGUCUCUACUUCACCACCACGCCUUUUGCACCUCAGCAUCAGAAGCACGUUGCAGUUCGCCCAAGCCUGCUUGCUUUAGUCCACGUCCGGCUUCCACCAGGGUUUUCUGCUUCUUCCACCUUGCAGAAACCCUCAAAGGUUCACAAGGCUCUACACAGCAAAGGUGUUCUGCUGAUGGCUGCUUCUGAGACAGAAGAUAGUGACAUUUUGUGGUGUAUCAACCAUGACUCCUUCCCCUUUAAGAAACCCCUGAUGGAGACACAGAUGAUGUCUAAUGUUGAUGGACACUCUUGGGCACUUAGUGCCAUAAAUGAAGAAAGGCCUCUGAAGAUAUUUACUCCAUUGAACAAGGACCACAUCCCCAUCACUGAUUCCCCUGUGGUUGUCCAACAGCACAAUAUCCCUCCACAGAAGUUUGUCCUUCUGUCUGCAAAGGGAAGUCACAUCUUUCAGAAACUGCGACCAGUAGACCAGUUUCGUCACCUCCUGGUCAGCUGCGCUGGAGGAGAAAGUGAGGAGAUUGAACGCUUCUUCAAGCUGCACAGGGAGGAGCAGGCUUGUGGCACAGCAUUGAUCUUGGCUUGCUCCAGUGCUGCUUCUGACCGAGAGGUCUCACAGUGGGCCACCAGAGCAUUCUUCAGAUAUGGAGGAGAAGCUCAGAUGAGAUUUCCUGCAGCCAUGACAACACCCAGCACUGUUGGACCUGUGAUGAGCUCUCCAGCACCUGGUAUUGUACCUCCUGCGUUAGCCACACCUUUUGCACCGAUGCAGUCUGGAUCUGUCCCGAUCACGCCCAUGUCAGCCGGCCCAGAGGUGAUUUUCUCUGGAAAGCACAACGGCAUCUGCAUCUACUUCGCUCGCAUUCUCGGAAAUAUUUGGGAUGGAAGCCUCGCUGUAGAGAAAACCAUAAGCAGAGGAAAUCAGGCAGUCACUAUUUUGGAAAGCACCCUCAGUUCAUUUGAGUUGGAGGUGGUCCUCCUGGAGCUCAAAGGUCUACAGGAGUUCCUUGACAAAAACUCUCAGCUCAGUCCUUCAUCUCUCGGUGCUGCAAGCUUCAGCUCCCCUGCCAACCUGCAGCAAAGGCUGCUGGGAUUUAUGCGUCCAGAUGGAGCCAGCUCUCAGCAGGUUCAGCAGGAACUUCAGAGGAAAUAUCACACCAAGGCUCAGGUCUAUGAGAAAGUGUCCCUGCAGGGUAUCCAGCAGUUAGUGCAUCGCUCGUAUCAAACUCUGGCGCUGUGGAAGCUCCUCUCUGAUCAUCAGUUCAGCCUCAUUAUGUCUGAGCUGCCUAAGGAGUUUCAAGAGCAGAUUAAGGGGGCAAGUUUUAAGGACGUAGUGAUUCGCGGCAGGGAAUUAUCCGGAGCGCUCAUCACCGGGCUUAUUAAUGCCUACAUCAAAGAUAAUGCCUCUGUGGACGCCAUCAGCAAUCACCUGAGGGACCUUUGUCCGCUGCUGUACAGCAACGAUGACAGCACUUGCUCCAAGGCUAAUGAGAUGCUGCAGGGCUCCAAGCAGAUCCAGAACAAGGGCGAUAAAGAGAGAACACUGAGGGAGUCUCUGCGACUCUACCAGCAGAUCAGCCAGCACACAGACCUGCCGCUUGUUUGCUCCCAGUACAGACAAGUGCGUUUUUACGAGGGAGUUCUGGAGUUAUGUCUCACAGCGGCAGACAAAAAGGACCCACAGAGACUAGGACCCCACUUCUAUAAGAACGGAGAGCCAGAGGAGGACAAAGUGGGGCAGCAGGCCUUUCAGGAAAGACUUUCUUGUUAUAAGUGCAUCACAGACACGAUGCAGGAGUUGGUGAACCAGAGCAAAGCUGCUCCUCAGUCCCCCAGCGUCCCUAAGCAGCCUGGACCUCCUGUCAUGACCUCUGACCCCAACAUGCUCAGCAAUGAAGAAGCCACAGCACACUUUGAGCAGAUGCUUGGCUUGGCCCAGAGGUCUCAGGACGAACUGUUUCACAUCGCCCUGUACAACUGGCUCAUUCAGGCUGACCUGACUGACAAGCUGCUGGAGGUGAAUUCUCUGUAUCUUGAAGAGCAUCUGAUGCAUAUGAUCAAACAGGACCAGAGUAAAGUUCAUAACAUGGACCUCCUGUGGCGCUACUACGAAAAGAAUCGUAACUUUGGGAAAGCGGCUCACGUACUAGCCCGCCUCGCUGACAUGCACAGCACUGAGAUCUCUCUGAAGCAGCGCUUGGAGUACAUUGCUCGAGCCAUCCUGUCUGCAAAGAGUUCCUCCAGCAUAUCCGCUCAGGCGUCUGACGGGGAAUUCCUUCACGAGCUCGAGGAAAAGAUGGAGCUUGUGCGUAUUCAAGUGCAGAUCCAGGAAACGCUACUCAGACAAUACUCCCAUCAUCCCUCCGUGAAAAAUGCCGUCUCCCAGCUGGACUCUGAGCUCAUGGACAUUACAAAACUCUAUGGCGAAUUUGCUGACCAUUUUAAAUUGUCUGAGUGCAAGCUGGCCAUCAUUCACUGCGCAGGGCACUCUGAUCCAAUCCUGGUUCACUCACUGUGGCAGGAAAUCUUGGAAAAAGAGUUGGCGGACAGCGUGGCCAUGAGCCCAGCAGACAGGAUGAGGUCUCUGAAUCUGAAAUUGGUUUCACUCGGGAAGUUAUAUGCUGGAACGCCGCGAUAUUUCCCUCUUGAGUUCCUGGUAAAGUUCCUGGAGCAGGAAGUUUGCCGUCUGAACUGGGACGUGGGAUUUGUCACGUGCACCAUGCUGGAGAUCGGUGUUCAGCUGCCCCGUCUUCUGGAGGUUUAUGAUCAGCUCUUCAAAUCUCGGGACCCCUGCUGGCAGCGACUGAGGAAACCUCUACAUUUGGUGGAGUGCAUCCUCGUGCUUCUUUCAGGAUACGUUGACGACCCCAGCAGAGUACCAACCUAUGACAGGCGCAGAUUCACGAACGUGUGCCUGGACAACAUCUGUGGAUACCUGGUGGAACUGCAGUCUCUGAGCCCGAACUCAGCCCUUCAACAAACCAUCGGCAACUUUAAAUCACUGCAGGCCAAGCUGGAGAAACUCCACUGACAUAAACAACAGUUUUCAGUUGGACACAACUUGACAUUAUUUAUGUCCCACAGCGGGGGCUUGUAUCAUCUGUUGAGUUGAAGCAUAUUGAUUUUUGAUAAAAAACAGACGCUUGAAAAUGCAAGUUUUAUAACUUAUUUGAUACAUUUUUUGUUAGUUUAUGCUGAAGCAGGAGGUGUAGUGGUUUUACAUUGUGUGGAAGUGGCUGGUAUAAAAAAAAAU